AUGGUAUUAAAAGUGGCACCAGCUCCAUUACAUUGGUCACAGCCUUCAGUACCCCACUCUUCAUCUUCUUCCCAGACAUUAGCCUCAUCCAUUUCAUCCCCUUCCUCAAAACGACGCAGUUUUUCUUUUUCAAGUGGUGAUUCGGGGGCCCUCUUUUGCCGUUAUGUCGACAAGUCCGCCUUGUUCCCCAGCGCCCACCGAUCACCAAAACUCUACUCUCUAUCUCAUCGAAACAGGAAUUCCCGGGCUCGAAUUAUCAGACGGGCUUGGUCUUCCAGUAUGGACUCGUUUUCUGACGAAGAAUUUUGCAGAAAGAUUCAAUCUUUGGCCUCGAGAUUUCAAAUGGGCCAUGACGAACACGAUUCGGACGAUUACAGUUCGGACGGGAGCUCGAUAACUAACAACGAUCGUUUUGAGCUACGCUCGGAGAAUGGGGGUGAAGCCGUUUCUAAUACCGGGCCCAAGUUCUUGGCGAAAAAUCUGAAAACCCCGUUUGAUGAUUCUGUGGAGCCUCCUGAUGAGAUAAUCCCAGCUAACAUCGAGAUGAAGGCGAACAGCUUUGAUAUUCCCUUAUCCCUUAGAAUAAUAAAACGCAAAAAACAAUGGCAGGCUGAGAUCACUGAGGCCCGAGACACGGCUUGUUGCUCGGUGAAGAAGGCCUUCUCGUCCAUGGUAUUCAUUAUCCGUGAGCUCCACUGCUACACUCUCCAGAUGAGGGAGAUUCUUUUCUACGAGGAUUUACAAGGCAUUCUUGCAAAUGUUCAGAAAGAGAUGCACGCGUCAUUUGUGUGGCUGUUCCAGAAAGUGUUCUCCCAAACCCCGACUCUCAUGAUGUACUUAAUGAUACUCCUCGCAAACUACAGUGUCCACUCCAUGUCAGCUCAUGCGGCCUUAGCCGCCACCAUGCCACAUGUACAGACCGAACAAGUCUCCUCGGCCGGAGAUCAUGAUGACAGUUCCUCUAAGCAAAAAUUCGACUCGUCUAUUAUCAAGAAUUUGAGGAUUUCCCCUUCGUCUAGUAGUAACGGAAAAACGGCUUCGGUCGGCGGGAAUAAUGGUGGUCGUGGUAAAUAUAGGCCGGUGGGUAGUGAUAUGGAUGGUGAAGGGAGGUUUGAUGAGUUUAAUUAUGGUGGGGUGACCUCAUUUUCGACAGAUAAUCCUUCGAGUAUGUCUGGACGGGCCUCGGCCGAGGAGGAGGAAGCACUUUGGGGCUCGAUUGUGGAUGAGGCCUUGCGAAUGCAAGCCGGGUCAAAGGAAGAGGCCUUGGAUCGGGAGACUAUGCUGCAGUUUGUUGCGCCAGUGAAUGCGAGAAUCGAGACGGACGAUCAAAUGGAGUAUCUGAAGACGGACAUGUUUUACCAGACGGAAUUGGCUCGAGAGCCGGAGAAUGUCCUUUUGCUGGUGAAUUACGCGCAGUUUCUUUACCUUGUUGCUCUGGAUUUUGACAGAGCCGAGGAGUACUUUAAGAGGGCUACUAAAGUCGAGCCUAAGGAUGCCGAGGCAUUGAACAAGUACGCAAACUUCUUGUGGGUUGUGAGGAAUGAUCUUUGGGCUGCUGAGGAGACGUAUUUGGAAGCAAUUUCGGCAGAGCCCAAUAACGCGUAUUACGCAUCUAAUUACGCCAAUUUCCUGUGGAGUACGGGUGGGGAAGAUACUUGUUUCCCUUUGAGCUCGCCUGAUUCCAUUGAUGAUGUGUAG